AUGUCCAUCUCAAGUACCCGAACAUCUUUAUCUUCCCAGGGAUUAACCGGCGAAGCAAAAUUGGCGGAUGUCACCAAUAUCGUAGAAAGUCUCAAGGCGGAUUUGGAGAACAUUAGCCUUCUGCCGCACCAACGAGAUGCACUCCUGGAGCAAUUGAAGGUGUAUGGCCGUGACCCCGCCAAUGCAGAUCCAAUCUUUACCAGAGAGGGCAUCGAGACUCUUUCAAAGCAUGCCUUCAAUAGCCCCUCAAAAUUCACUUCUCGAAAUGCGCUCCGAUGCCUCGCAAACGCUCUGCUCUUAAAGCCAGACACACGACAAACAUUGGUUACCUUAGGUUAUGAUGCAAAGGCUUGCACUCUACUCAAAGAUAGAAAUGGGUCCGUUGACGAUGAGUUUUUAUUAUCUAGGAUUAUCUUCCUUACAACCUACGGUACAACCAUCAAUAUUGAGAAUCUCAUCGACCAUUGUCAUUUAGCGGACGCUAUUUCACAUAAUAUUGCCAACCAUGCAAGACUGCACAAUGCGAAGCAGAAAAAAGUCAAGCAAUUAGAUCCAAUGGAGGAUAUGGCUCUUGCCGAAUCGCUCAAACUUCUUUUCAAUAUCACACAUUUCUGUCCACAACGAAACUCCAGCUUUUCGCAAGCACUACCUCACAUCUUAUCAAUUCUUGAUAAAAGAGAAAUAAUUCCAAACACGCCCCUCGAAUCCCCCAUCUCGCAACUUAUCAACACCCUUAUCAACCUCCCUCUUGAAGAUCCCGGAAAUAUUAGCGUGUUAUUUCCUAGAGCAAAUCCGCACUCCCAUGUCCAAAAAUUUCUUGAACUCCUGGAUCAUUCCAUCAAUGAAUACAAGGACGAGGAACUUGAGCAACUUGUCUCACCACUGCUUACCCUCAUUCGUAGAUUGUACGAGAUCGGCCCUUCGGAAGUUCAUAAGUUCUUGCAAACCCGGUUGCUUCCAAGUGAUAAGGAUCACGCCAGCACGUUUGUUCAAAAUCUUGGCUAUGGGUUCGCCUCUGGUUUCCUAUUCCAGCGCAAUAUUCCCAUCCCAGAGAAUGCUCUCGAAGCAUGGAGUAAAGAAAACGAUAAUGAUGAUGGUAAGGCAAGAUCCAGCCAUGAUAGUGGGAAAGCAGUCAAUCCUAUCACUGGACAACUUCUCGAAGCUGAAGAGAAGAUUGAUAUGCCAGAGAUGAGUCAGGAGGAGAAAGAGAGGGAGGCUGAAAAAUUAUUCGUAUUAUUGAAGAAGAAUGGAAUCAUCACUGCGAAGAAUCCUAUGGAGGAAGCGUUACAGCAAGGACGGUUUGAAGAAUUGGAUGAUGAUGCAGACUCAGAUUGA